AAGGGGCAGUACAGAGCCGAGAGACAAGAGCUCUGCUGGCCGUCCUGCGGUGCACCAUGGUCGGCUUUCAGCUUGCGCCUGCCGGCUUGCUCCUGGUUCUUGGGCAGUUGUUUGUGUGAUGGUGAACGGCCGGCGAACACUUCCGACGACAGCUAGCGUGUCUUCAUGUCAUGGCCGCCCGCCACAACUCCUCCACAGCGCCUCGGCCCGAUGGCGCCGGCCGAGACGGCUUGUUCCGCAAGGAGCGGGAGCGGGAGCCUUCGCCCGCCCUGCGUCGGCCCGCCCGCUCGCUGCCUGACGUCUGCCCCAAAGAACCCACCGGAGAGGGGCGGGGCCUGUGUGAUGGCCCGUCAGUGGUGGCGGAACACGACAGGUGGACAGUGUACAAUUCAAAGGUCAACCUCCCGGCAGCGCUCAAUGACCCGCGCCUCGCCAAGCGGGAGGCGGACUUCUUCACCAAAACUUGGGGUGUGGACUUUGCUGAGACCGAGGUCAUGCCCUCCUUCUACCUGGCCAAUGUCACACGGGAACACUUCCUGUCCUACCUGCAGGAUAUGUCACAGAGGGAAAGAAUUCAUGAGCGUUGUAAGAGCAUCUGUCCUGGUAAAGAUGACGACAUAGACGCAGUCUCCAGCAUCAGUACAAGCCAAGAAAAGACACGAGCAGAGUUGGAACAAGUGCCCAAGAUCUUCAUGAGAGCUGACUUUGCUUUGGAGGAAGCAAACACUUUCAACUUUGUGUUGCCAUGGACACACUUUAACAACACCUCCUCUAAAAACUACCAAGACAUGUACUCCUCCAAACUACUACAAGAAAAACUGAGUCACUACCUGGACGUGGUGGAGGUGAGCAUCGCCCGGCAGAUCUCCCUUCGCUCAGAGGCCUUCUUCCACGCCAUGUCGUCCCAACACGAGCUGCAGGACCGCUUGAAGGAGACCCAGCAGGCCGUGGCCGUCCUGCGUCGUCGGACCGCCGCCAUCGACCGCAUCAUGUGCCAGGGGCCGCUGCAGGCCCUCCACGCCGCUCUGACGCGCAACAACUGCGUGAAGCUGCACAACAAGCUGAAGCUGAUGGCGGCGGUGCAUCAGACGCAGCCCACCGUGCAGCUGCUGCUCUCCACCUGCGAGUUUGUGGGCGCCCUCGAACUCAUCGCCACCACCAAGGAAGUCCUGCUGCAGGAACUGCAAGGUGUACAUAGCUUCAGACACCUAGGCUCUCAGUUGUGUGAGUUGGAGAAGCUGAUCGACAAGAUGAUGGUGGAGGACUUCAGCAUGUACGCCCGCAGCGAGCUGAACCGCAGUCUGAGGGAGGAGCCUCAGUUGCUGGAGAAGGUGCACCAAGCUACCAGUGUCUCUCAGAAGGAGCGUCUGCAGUCGCUGGUGUUUGGGCUCCUGCGUCAGAGGAAGUUGGACUUCCUGGACAUUUACAGUGAUGAGAUGAUCGCUGCGGCCAAGGCCAUCGUGUCCCAGUGCGUGGCCGAGCAUCUCCUGUACAUCGACGACAUCGACACCGAAGUCAUCACCAAGCUGGCCGAGCAGAUGCGUCUGAUGACCUUCCCUCAGUGGUUUGACCUCCUAAAGGACCUCUUUGACUCUUUCCUCGUCUUCCUCCAGAGGAUGAAGGCCACGCUCGGCGUGAUCACGGUGGUGGUUCAGGAGGUUUUGGAGUCCAACCAGAAGACGACUUUCAGGGACAAGUCCAGCUCGGAGGAACCACGUCAGGAGUCUUUCGGCGGGGCGGCGCCCAUGAGCAGCGAGGCAGAGCUGGCCUACUUGACCCACGAGGGCCUGUUCAUCAGCGACGCCCUGGGUGAGGCUCAGCAGUACCAGGACCACACCCGCCAGGAUGCGUCGCCCCGUAAACCGGAGGCUGACUCCAAUCAGAACUUCACGUACGUCAACAUCCUUCCGCCGCCAUGCUUGUCGCCCUGUUGUCGCCCUGUUGUCAUAGCAACCUUUCACGCCGUCUGCAGGUCAGGUGACAUGAUGCCGUCUGACCUUGAGCUCAAGCGAGUGCUGAACAACAUCAAAGAGCUUCUGCACGCCGCUUCCGACAUCAGCCACGACCGCUGCGUCAAAGUCAUCACCGCCCGGGCCAAGGAUGGCUCUCUGGAGCGGCUCAGCUCAGCAGAUUUUGUGGCGCUCUCUGUGGCUGUGGAGGACUUUGCCAAGGACACGGAGGAUGUGUGUGGCAGGCGCAGCGUGUCCCUGAGGGGGGCGCUGCAGAGUCAGGCCAACCGCUUUGUCCACCGCUUCCAUGACGAGCGCAAGACCAAACUCAGUCUUCUGCUGGAUAACGAGCGCUGGAAGCAGGCGGAGGUUCCUGCAGAGUUCCAGGAGCUGGUGGACUCCAUGGCGAGCGGCAGGAUCACGCUGUUAGCACGCAAGGCGGCAGCAGGCCCAGAAGACAGGAAGCCCGGCGACUUCCUGUUGGUGGACGGGCAUAAAUACGCCGUGGUCGGCACCGUGCUGCUGCUCAUACGGAUUGUUCUGGAAUACUG